ACCUAUCAUUUUAUUUUUUUUAAAACAUGCAUUAAUGUCACUCAAAUUAAGAAUAUUUUAAUCUCACGGAUACGUAUGACCUUUCCUCAGAUCAUCACAGUUUAAUAAAGAAGGUCAACUGCUGGCAGGCAAGACUUUCUUGUUGAAACAAGUCAACUUCUCUGGACCUUGCAAAUCGACAACCGUUCAAAUCCAAGAGCAAGCCAUAGUGACGGUGUUGCCUUUCCGGAGAAGCCGUAGAGGAAUCCGACGAUGAAGAACGUGAAACCCACAGCGAGAAGCGAAGUACUACGGCUCGGAUCAACGAUAAAGAACGCGAAUGCGAAUAUCGGUGAGAGAUCUCUUCCUUCCAGACUGCCAAUGUACGAUCGUGGACAACCGAAAAAUGCUACCUCUUACCUCUUCUCAAACUUCCCCGAGGAUUGGUCCCCAAAGAGACUCUGGUUUCUGUUUGCAACCUAUGGUGCUGGAUUAGGACGGAUUGUAGAUGUAUUCAUCCCCAGAAAGAAGGACAGAAAAGGAAACAAAUUUGGCUUUGUCAGAUUCUCAGAGGUCAGAGAUAAAGCCAGAUUAGAGAAGAUGCUCAAGAUGAUCUGUUUUGGCACUGAACAACUCAGGAUCUCCCUGGCAAAGGAGAGGAAACCACUACAACCAGCCCUUAAACACCACCGUCCACUACCACCUCCACCACCACCAGGAACCCUCAAAACGAAAUCCUAUGCUGAAGCCCUACUAAAUGGCCUUAACUCCCCAGAUUCUGAUAGCCAAACACGUAGGACAAACGCUAUGCCACAAACCUGUCCACUGGGGAAGUUCUCUCCCUUGAUCUUAUUCCUGGUCUUUAGCAAACCUUUUGGGAGAAUGGUUUCUCUCACAUCACAACUACACCAAUGGGGGGAUGCAAAAGGUGAGGGGUUCUUGGGUGUUGAGGGCUUAUGGGGUAUAAACAAAGCUACCUGCUAUUUUGUGAAUGUUUAUGGACCAUGUAAUGUGGCUGGUCGUGCAAAGUUGUGGGAGGAUCUAUCAACUCUUAUUGGAACCUUGAAUUUCUUUUUCUGUCUUGGUGGCGACUUCAACUGUGUCAGAGGAAUGCAUGAAAGAAAAGUUGAAGGGUACUGGGGUUUUAAAUGCAAAGAAAAGCUUAGAAGGCUCAAGCAACACUUGAAGAAAUGGAAUAAGGAGGUGUUCGGUAACAUCGACAGUCAACUUGAACAGGCAAUGAAGAAAGUUGACUUUGUUGAUAUAAAAUGUGAGGACCAGGAUCUUUCAGAAGAAGAUGUACUCAAAAGAAAGGAUGGCUUCGAAGAACUAUGGCUUUGCUUGAAAAAGAAAGAAAGCUUGUGGAGACAAAAGUCUAGGGUUACUUGGAUCAAAGAAGGGGAUGCAAACACUGCCUAUUUCCAUAAAUUUGUAAACAGCAGGAGAAAAAAGAAUAUGCUUCAUGGGGUUAACAAUCAAGGCUCUUGGAUUGAUGAUCCUAUUCAGGUGAAACAGAUUGUUUACGAUCACUUUAAAAGCCAAUACUCAUCACAGUCUACCCAACAAGUACAACCAUCUUUUGACCAUUUGCAAUUUUGUCGAUUAUUAGAAGAGGAUAGAAUAUUGCUGGAAGUUGAGUUUACAGAUGAUGAAAUUAGAGAAGCAGUCUCCUCAUGUGCAAGUGACAAAGCCCCAGGACCCGAUGGAUUUAACUUUCACUUCAUCAAGUUGGCAUGGGGUACAGUAGGGGUUGAUAUAAUCAACUUCAUCAAAGAAUUCCACCAGAAUGCAAGACUGGUCAAGGGAAUUAAUUCCUCAUAUAUCACACUUGUGCCUAAGAAGAAAAACCCCACUUCCUUGAAGGAGUUUCGGCCAAUAUGUACCAUUGGGUCUAUGUACAAAAUCUUGGCUAAGGUGCUUGCUAACAGACUUAAGAAGGUAAUUGCUAAGAUUAUUAGUGCUAGUCAAUCUGCUUUUAUUAAGGGUAGACAACUUGUUGAUUGCUCUUUUGCUCUUAAUGAGAUUAUACAUGACUUGAAAAUUAAAAGGAGGAAGGGCAUUAUAUUCAAAGCUAAUUUUGAAAAAGCAUUUGAUUCUGUGGAUUGGGGAUAUCUUGAUAAAAUGCUUUCCUUUUUGGGUUUUGGUGAGAAAUGGCGAAGCUGGAUUAAAGAGUGCUUAAGGUCUGCUUCCAUCUCAAUUCUUGUCAACGGUAGCCCAACCGAGGAAUUCAAUAUGCAGAGAGGUUUGAGACAGGGAGACCCCUUUUCUCCCUAUUUAUUCCUUAUUGUUGCUGAAGGUUUUCAUGCCCUUCUCCUUGAAGCAAAAAAAAAAAGACGUCUUUAAGGGAGUGGUGAUUGAUGAUAAAACUUUUAUUUCUCA